UGAUUUCUGUUCUCCUCCCUUAACUGGACUCGUUCAACUCGUUUUCGACCCAGCCGAGCCCACUCGUUCGCCCCCCUUCUCCUCUGGGAUCCCUCUCCUCCCCCGUCGAACUCGGACGCCCCCGCCUCGCCUCCUCCCGCAGAUGGGGUGCUCCUCCUCUCUUCCAGGCCGAAAUGCCAGAAAUUUGGGUGGUUUGGAUGCUGAAAAUUCCAUGGCCACUGACCCAAAAAACUUGCGUGUGAAGUUGGUUCUGUUAGGUGAUUCUGGUGUGGGUAAAAGCUGCAUAGUCCUCCGGUUCGUUCGUGGCCAAUUUGACCCUACUUCAAAGGUUACCAUCGGUGCAUCCUUCUUAUCACAAACACUAGCCUUGCAAGAUUCCACAACAGUGAAGUUUGAAAUAUGGGAUACAGCUGGACAAGAAAGGUAUGCCUCAUUGGCUCCUCUUUACUAUCGGGGAGCUGCUGUUGCGGUUGUGGUAUAUGACAUAACAAGUGAAGAAACAUUUAGAAAAGCACAAUAUUGGGUUAAGGAACUUCAGAAGCAUGCCAGUCCUGGUAUCGUCAUGGCAUUGGUUGGUAAUAAGGCUGAUUUGGAUGAAAAUAGGACUGUCUCAUCCGGGGAUGCCAUGGAGUAUGCGGAAGGGAAUGGUAUGUUCUUCAUUGAGACAUCUGCAAAGACGGCUAAUAAUAUCAAUGAACUUUUUCAGGAGAUCGCAAAGCGACUUCCUCGGACAUCUUAAAUGUGGCUUCUGGAAGAUCUGAUCUGAUAUGAUUCAUGCACAGAGUUGAAUGGGGGAUAUAAUUUAUGUAACCGGUUUCGAGUAACAAAGAUAAAAUAUGGUUUGACAACGACAAUGAUGUGUGUUGCGUUUAGUUUCUGAUGUCACACACGAUAAAUUAGUGCGAUAUUUUCUGACAAGUCUUGCGUAUGCUUGUCAAUUUCCUGUCUAAAUUCUGUCUGUCGAUGAUGAUUGUGGCAUACUAAGAAAA